CUGUUCAUUACAGUGAUGUGUCUGUACUCCUGGCUAUGUAAAGGCCUUCUACCCUAUUCAGAUGCUUUUAGGUUUAUUGAAUGCAAUACCUGGCAAACCUCUCUGAUUUGUGUUGGAUGUCAUCCAGUGAAAAUACAAACUGCCUAGGUAGCAGCUGCUCUGCUAAAGCAAGACCUUUUUGCCUGGUAACAAUAACAGCCCUCACAGCAUUUUGGUGGUGUUGGGUUCUCUAUGUGCUGUUGACUGUCAGGCCCAAUAGCACUGGCCUGCUGCACGGUGUAGCUGAUAACUGUCACCCUUUUCGUUUGUGCUGCUGACUUGAAGCAUGGUUGUGUCUGUCAGGUUGGGCAUGGAGUGAGCUCAGCUGUUUGCAAGAUAAAUGGCUCAUUUAAAUUGGGAGCUACUAAAAUACUCUCUGGCUGGCAAAUGCAGUGCCUAGCAGCAGUCAUCAAGGACGAACCAAACAUGAGUGGUGGAGGGGAACAGGUCGACAUUCUUCCGGCCAACUACGUGGUCAAAGAUCGUUGGAAAGUGUUGAAGAAGAUUGGUGGUGGUGGCUUUGGGGAGAUCUAUGAGGCGAUGGAUUUGCUGACCCGUGAGAAUGUGGCCUUGAAGGUGGAAUCAGCCCAGCAACCCAAGCAAGUUCUCAAGAUGGAAGUGGCUGUCCUGAAAAAGCUGCAAGGGAAGGAUCAUGUUUGCAGAUUUAUUGGCUGUGGAAGAAAUGAAAAAUUCAAUUAUGUGGUCAUGCAGCUUCAGGGCCGAAAUCUUGCAGAUCUCAGAAGGAGUCAGCCUCGAGGGACUUUCACGCUGAGCACAACGCUGCGAUUAGGCAAACAGAUUCUAGAAUCAAUAGAAGCCAUUCACUCUGUGGGAUUCUUGCAUCGUGACAUCAAGCCUUCCAAUUUUGCCAUGGGCCGCUUACCUUCAACAUACAGGAAGUGCUACAUGUUAGACUUUGGUCUGGCCCGUCAGUAUACCAACACCACUGGGGAAGUCCGGCCACCCCGCAACGUUGCUGGUUUUCGAGGAACGGUCCGCUAUGCCUCUGUGAAUGCACACAAAAACAGAGAGAUGGGUAGACACGAUGACCUGUGGUCCCUCUUUUACAUGUUGGUGGAGUUUGCGGUUGGUCAGCUUCCAUGGCGAAAGAUCAAAGAUAAGGAGCAAGUUGGCAUGAUAAAAGAAAAGUAUGAACACCGAAUGCUGCUAAAACAUAUGCCUUCAGAGUUCCACCUUUUUCUGGAUCACAUUGCAAGCCUAGACUAUUUCACCAAGCCAGACUAUCAGCUAAUCAUGUCCGUUUUUGAGAACAGCAUGAAAGAAAGAGGCAUCACUGAAAAUGAAGCCUUUGACUGGGAGAAAGCUGGUACAGAUAUUUUGUUAUCCACUAGCACCUCAACUCCACCACAGCAAAACACCAGGCAAACAGCAGCCAUGUUUGGGGUGGUUAAUGUCACUCCAGUACCUGGGGACUUGCUUCGUGAGAACACUGAGGAUGUCCUACAGGGUGAACAUCUGAGUGAUCAAGAGAAUGCUCCUCCCAUCCUGUCAGGCCGACCAGUGGAAGGUCUUGGUCAGGCUCCAAACACUGCUUUCAAUGAGGGUGAAGUUUGGGAAGAGACAGAUGUGAAUCGCAACAAACUCAGGAUCAGCAUCAGCAAAACUCAGUGCAUGGUGGAAGAGGAGCAGAGAAACGGUGUCUGCCCCAGUUCCCCUGUCCGAGUGCCUCCGGAGUCCCCCACCGCACAAGUACGCUCCCUCAGAUACCGCCGUGUGAACAGCCCAGAGUCAGAACGCCUCUCCACUGCUGAUGGCAAAGGGGAUCCACAUGAAAGAAGAUCUCGAAUGGAUAUACCUGGCUCUCCAUCACGGCUUGUGUGCUCCUCCCAGCCAGCCCAGAUGCUGUCCAUCGAUACUGGCCAGGCGGAUCGGCAGGCAAGCGGUAGGAUGGAUGUGUCUGCUUCGGUGGAACACGAAGCCCUCAGCAACGCUUUCCGCUCAGUGCCCCUUGCAGAAGAGGAGGACUUUGAUAGCAAGGAGUGGGUUAUCAUUGAUAAGGAGACGGAACUGAAGGACUUUCACCCAGGUGCUGAGCCAAGCACCUCUGGUACCACAGAUGAGGAGCCCGAGGAACUAAGGCCUAUUGAGGAUGGUGAAGAGAGAAGGCGCUUGGGGGCAGAUGCUGCAGUCAGACCGAAGACGCAUGAUGGGCGAAGUCGGGGUAUGCAGCCUGUGACUGAGGAGGACAGUUCCCACAGACAUGAAGGACCUUCUCAAACAGUAUCUGACAGUAGACAUGAACAGCAGACAGGAAGUCCAGCCCACUCCCCCUUACAUUCAGCACCAGCUCUCCGACAAAGGAGACGAGAAUCUGAACCUACUGGUCCUCAGAGACAGGCAUAUAUGCUGAAGUCGUUUGAAAUGAAUGGCCUGCCCAAGGUGGUCCCUUUAAGUUUGCCUUAUCAAGACUUCAGAAAAGAUAUGUCAGACUACUGGGAAAAGCCUAAGGUAUCCCAGCGGAUAAAGAAAGUUGAUUUUUCAAAUAUUGUCUUGACUGCUCCUUGCAAACCUCUGGAACCUUAUCUGGAAAUAAAUGGAAAAGAGGAGGAAGAAGAAGAUGAGGAAGACUAUGAGGAGGAGGAGGAGGAGGAAGAUGAAGGGGAGGAGGGAAGCAAUGAGAUUGACAUGCACAGUGGUUCCAGCAGUGACUUGAGUCAGAAAAGCACAGAGCACAGCCAGGAGUGUGCACCAUCCACACUCCUGGCUGAUGACCAGAAGGGAUCGAAGGGUCGUGCAUCCACUGCUGAUGGGGACGUGGAGCUGGAGGAAGGCUCAAAAACACUAGUGCUGUUUUCACCCGGUGAUCUCAAAAAGUCUCCUGUGGCCACAGACUUAGCUCCAGAGGUUGAUCUGGGCACUCUUGCUGCACUGACACCUCAGAGCGAGCGGCCUCAGCCUAUGGGUAGCCAACUGGAUGUGUCUGAGCCGGGGACCCUGUCCUCAGUCCUUAAAUCUGAACCAAAGCCUCCCGUGGCAGUGGCUACAGCUUCCUCCCCCUUUACCAAAGUUGAGCGCACAUUUGUUCACAUUGCUGAAAAGACCCACCUAAACGUCAUGUCUUCCAGCAGCCAGCUGAUGCGGCAUGAGGAGUACUGCCCUCCGGGACAGUUUGAGGAAGUUAUUAUUGAAGAAGAGCUGGAGGACAACCUGGUGCUGGUAGAGAAUGGAAGCAUACAUUCGGGGCUGGAAGGGGCAGAGACUGAGAGCUGUGCACUUUCAGCUAAUCACAUUGAAACCAACUCAGAGACUGUGGGGGAGCAGCUGGCCCUUCCCAAUGGCAUAGCAAAGCCUCCUGAGGACAAGCAGAAGCCCUCCGGCAAAGCAGUGCUCUCGCUGGAUUUGGAAGAGCCUGGCAAGGUGGUUACAAGGGAGACUGGCCUUGAGAAGUCAGCAUCAGCGGCAGGACACUUUAAGCGAGAAGAGACCCUCCGUGACACACCACAGCAGGGCCCCAGGAGACUGCUGGGCUCCAGGUAUAGAAGUCGGAUACCCAUUUUGUUCUCCGAGGAGGACACCGGCUCAGAUCUUUCAACUUCACUCUCAGCCAAAGAAAGGCUUUAUAAGAGGGCAAAGCAACCUGACUUGGCUCGCCUGGUGAUGGAGAAGAGGCAGAACCGCCUCAUCCGGCUGGCCUCUGGGGCCUCCUCCUCAGCCUCCUCCAGCGACGAGAGGCGGCGAGCCUCAGAAACCCUGUCAGCCACUGGGUCUGAGGAGGACACCCACGACUCUGAUGAUUCCAUCCCGAGGAAGGGAGGGAAGAAGUCGGCACUCCUGGGGAAAGAAGAGAGAUCCAUAAGCACAAAGAGCAGAAUUCCUCGUCCCAUCACGCCAGUGAAAACACCUCUGGAGGCAGCAAGGUCGGAGCUCUCCGUGGCUGUCGCAAUUGCAGGGCUGUGCAACUCCUUGCAGGAUGCAGCUGCUGUCUGCAGGCUCCAGACACAGAGACCAGCUGGAAGUGUCCCAAGUGAGUGCCGAACAACGCAGGUACAAAGCCGGCUUCCUUCUUCACCAAGUUCUACUUCUCUUCCUCCACGGAGCAGCUCACGGAGGUCCAGUGGUGCAUCCCCUCGGAGCCCUGUUCUUCCUUCAAGGAACCCCAGUACUUCCCCCAGAAGCCAGCUGCCACCUCGGAGGGAAAGUCCUUCUCCCUGCCGACAGCAUAAGCCAGGGACUGCUCCUCAGCGAGUUCCUCCUUCCCCCCGACCUCAGCCCUCAGCUCAGGCUCAGGGGCCAACAGGAGAUUCCCUGCCAUCUCCUGGCACGGCCAAAAAACGACAAAGAGGAAAAACCCAGACUCAGAGUCCAGCAACCAAAGGAAAGCAGGUGUCCCUGGAAAGUAAGGCAGCUGCCAGAUAAUGAUCUUCUUCUGCGAGCCCAACACACUGGGUAACUUCUGCAUAUAGUAUACACUUGAGAUGCUGCAGCACAGCCUUCCAUGCUGGACCCACGAGUGUAUAGCGGUAGCUGUACUUCAAUGCUUCACUCACACUCUCACCCCACACCACAAUCAGCUCCCACGGGCCUGACAGCCUCUGAGCCACGGAGCCUUCUUCAAGGGAGACAUCCAGCCCGCAGCUCACGCUUGCUAGCGCACAGCACCAAACAGUGACCCCAGGCAGCCUGCCCAGUGCCUGGCCCUCCUCCCUGCCCAGGGAUUCCCCUCUCUCUGUUAGCAAUACCAGUCUCCAACACCGCCCCCAGCUGUGGAAAGAGGAGCAGAGGAGAUGAGAGCAAGGCCUGCUAAAGAGGAAGGCUCCUGUCCUUCAGGCAGCUCCCUCCUUUCUCCCUGCUGGGAAAACACCAGCCUUGGCUGCUGCCAUCUACCUGAAUGUUGGCUCACCUCCUGCCACCUCUGUUAGCAGGGGAUUGCCACCAGCUUAGCCAAGAGGGAGGGAUGUGUCCUUGUGUGCUGAGAGAAGUGGCAAGGUGGAGGGGGCUCUUCUUUCCAGAGAUCCCUCUACAGGUGGGCAUUGGGAGACAGGCAGUUCUUGCUGGAUGCUGCUGCCUGCUCCAGUAUGUCCCACAGAGGAUGCCGUCUGGCACUGCCGCUCGGCUGACACUGCUGCUGUUUCAGCAGACACCUGUGUGGUGGGUACUCAGGUGCAAGUAGGGAUGUAUUGGCAGCUUGCUGGGAAAUCAAAAGGUCUUGCUAAUUAACGUAGAAGGGAGCACACUGCAGCCACUUCUGUCUCAAAUACCAAACCGUGAUCUGUGGACACCACAUCUCCCAACAAGGGUGGUCCCUCUGACCCUGAGUGUGGUUGGUGCCACAGACCUGUAGUCCACCAAACACAGCUCCAAAGUGAAGAUGUGAAUAGUCACUGGAUGCCUUUAGCUUUGGUGCCCCUUGCACCUAAAUUUCUUGUGUUUUAUUGUCACGCUCUUGGUGUUUGUAAAUUUUGGCACUGUGGUUGAAAGUUCCCUUACGUGGCAGGGUGGAAAUUAUUAUCCUGUAGUAUACCCAAAAGAUGCUGCUUUGCGAGGAGAGGUUUGCUGGCACGCUGUGGAUAACCUGUGCAUUUCUAUCCAAGAGUAUGGUGGGUUGAGUGGCAGAGGUCAGGUUUCUGUCUUUUUCUUGGUGCUCAACUCUGCCACAUGUUGCGUCAGAACUAACAGUGUGAACAUAAAAGCAAGGGCUGUGCUCUUCAAAUAGUAUUUUCAGAGCAGAAGCUUAGCGCUCAGCUAGAACUAAAUCAUCCAACUUUUUGACCCCCAGAUUAAUUAGGAAGGCUUGAAAAUAGAAGUGAGGAGGAACUGGCCGCAUUUGAAGAGACCUUGAAAUAGGCUAAAUUUUCCCCACACCUCACAGGAGAAAAUAGUCCAGAUCCAAAUACUUUGGGCUUCACACCACUGUCAUGCCUAAAGGAGGCUUUGCAUGAGGCAGAAGAAAUACACAGCUGCUCUGUACACCUGUUCUUGCAGCUGCAACUACCUGCAAAUAUUUACUAUUUGCAGACAACAAAGCUUGACGAAAGGAAUCUGGACAGUAAUAACCUUGAUUCAUUUGAACGUGGAUGCAAGCAGUCACACUGAUGGCUAUUGAGUCCAAGAAGUCCCAAAGUUGUUCGUAUCUACAGGAUAUUCCAGGAACUGUCCUGGAAAGGAGCAUAAGAGCUGUGACAGGGUAGCUGGGAGAAAAGGGUGCUCCUUGGAUGCCCAAACAGGGGAAUGCCUAGAAACAGGAGACAGAAAUUGCCUCUUUAUAUGGCAGUCUCAGUGUUGCCAAUGCUAAGAAUUUAUUUCACCAAGUUCAAAGUGUUUUCCAAUGAUAUGGUUCACCCUAGUCAGGUAAACAGCAGAGUUUCCUCUCCAAAAAGAUGCCCUCAUCUUUGCAGAGCAGCACUGGGGAC